AAUUGGGUGGAGGUUCCAGUUUUAUGCUUGUUUGUCUGUCUUACAAUUAUCAGUCAGAAACUAAGUGCCAAGAAGCAAUGACAAAUUCUGCAUAGCACAGAUAAACAUUGUUCUGUGAAAAUUACCUGAAACCAAAAAUGUUGGAAAAAAACAUGACAGCACCACAAAAAAACUGAUUGAAGUGCAUGAACUAAAUGCACACUCCUGACAUUUGAUCACAUCUGAUUUACUUAUGAAAACCCACUUCAACCAGGACUUUGACCUUGAAAAUCUUUUCCGAAGUAAAAAUUUGUGGAAUUGGAAACUAAUAUUGGCGCAGUGCUCUAGUAUUAAAUUGCAAUACGAAACAUACUAGUUAAUAAAAGAUGGCGUUUGUCAAAAUCAUGUAAAAAAGGUAUAAAACAAAGCAGACCCGAAUUUAAAACUUCAGAUUCUUUUUGAAAGAGCUGAUGAUGUCUGAAUUGUCUGGUGAGAGGGUAAUAGUGGUGUUAAUAAUAGCUUUAUUUAUAUAGGACUUUCAGGAAAUGGCCCUCUUGAACACGGGCAGUUAAUCGAAAGCAGAGGAUAUCUGAUUAACAUGCUCCCUUUGUGUAAAUGCGCAUAUACUUUAUUCCCCUCUCAGACUUUGAUGACAGUAAAUUUGCAUUUCAUAGUAUUAAGUAAACUUUGAAAUUAGUCUGCAGUCCAUAUGUGUGCCAAAGUGUGAGGGCAGCCUGUGCGGAUCACUGAUGAACUGUGGUCCCUUACACCCCAAGUAAAUGUAUUUUGAUUUUGCUAAAUGUGACUUCUUUUAACACCUGAGACUGAAAUACUGUGCUAAUAUGUAUUUGCUGUGCUAGGAUCAUAUUCAGCCUUUUACAGUUGCCAAAGCAAAAUGAGGGAGGCAGCAGUCUCCGGAUUGUUCAUCCUUAUUUUUGACACCUACUUGUGUUUGAUACUGUGGGCCGUACUAGUCCUGCUCCAGUGCUCCAGCUGCGGUGGACUGGCUGGUGUUUGGGCUUUUGGAUUGCUGAAGUGGCCCAUUCUGCAGUUUUUCACAUUUUAUUUGACUGAUGGACAAGCUCCAGCUCCACUACACAGGCUGGUAGUGCUGCUCUGCCUCCUCUCUCCUGUGUAUGAAAGUGGACGGAUGAUCAUGGCCUAUCCCCCGGAGCCUUAUCCUGGAACAUCUCCUGACCUCACCAUGUUGGUCUUGGGUUUGAUCUCUUCAUCAAUUGCCUGUGUGCUGUGGGAAAGUUACUUUUCCAGUCGAGCAAUUGCAAAGCACCAGCAGAAACCGGAUGCCUGGCGGAUACUCAUGAGGAUACUGAUGUACUUCACACCAGAUAUUUUUUACUUGAUUGCAGCUUUCAUUUUUCUUCUGUUAUCUGUCUUAUGUGACACAUUUAUUCCAUUUUAUGAAGGGAAGGUAAUUGAUAUGCUUAGAGGAGAAUUGAUUCAGACCAAUUUUUUGUAUGCAAUUGGACAACUAACUCUUGUCUUUCUUGGAAGUGCAGUGUUUUCUGGCAUAAGAGGAGGCAUUUUCAAAUGCGUACUGGCAAAAGUGAACAAGAGAAUGCAGCAUCUGCUGUUCCACAGCCUACUCCAGCAGGAAGUGCAUUUCUUUGAGGAGAACAGUCCUGGAGUCCUUUCUGCUCAUCUGCACUCUGACGUGGACAAAAUGGGCCGCACAAUUGCCCUGAAUGCAAACGCACUGGUUCGCAGUACAAUCAAGACCAUCCUUAUGCUGGCCCUGAUGGUGCAUCUGUCCUGGCAGCUCACUCUAAUCAACUGCAUAGAGAUGCUUCUCUUGGGCCUAAUGCAGAACAAAUACACCGCCUGGACCAUGGAUCUUAAAACUCAAAUCCAGGCCUGUGAAGCUCGGGUCAGGGAUCUGGCUUUACAAUCUGUCAGUAAGAUCUGCACAGUGCGAAGCUUCAGAGCGGAGGAAGAUGAAAUUAAGAGGUACAAGGAGGGCGUGGAGCAGACAUGGAAGACGAAGAGAUGUGCAGAUAUAUACAGUGUAGUCUUCUGCUUAAUGCGGAGGCUAGUGAGUUUUGGGAUAAAGAUACUCCUACUGUUACGAGCCCACCGCCUCAUCUCUGCUGGUCAGCUCACCAUUGGAGGUUUUGUGUCCUUUUUGUUAUAUCAGAAGCCGAUGUCAGUCAAUUUAAGGGAGCUCAUGUAUUCAUGCGGGCAGACGAUGAGCACAGUUGGCGUCAUAUCAAAGGUGUUCGGCUAUCUUGACAGGAAACCAAAGUGUAAACCGGCGGGCGAUUUGGCUCCUGCAAAGCUCGAGGGACGAAUUCUUUUCGACGAUGUUUCAUUUGCUUACCCUUCUGCGUCUCCAGAUAAACUCGCACUGAAGUCAGUUUCUAUGGAGCUGCUUCCAGGGAAGGUGACAGCUCUCGUUGGUCCUUCUGGCAGCGGAAAGACGUCCUGUGUCAGUCUGCUAAAGAGGCUUUAUGAACCUCAAAAGGGCCAGAUUCUGCUGGAUGGACAACUGCUGAACCAUUACAAACACAAAUACCUGCAUCAGAAGAUAGCUCUGGUAUCCCAGAAUCCUGUGUUGUUUUCUGGUUCUGUGAUGUACAACAUCACAUACGGUCUGGACGACUGCACUGUUGAGAAGGUGAAAGAAACUGCGAGGAAGUUCAAGGUGGAUGGUUUUAUCUCUAAACUGGAGAACGGAUACAACACCGAUAUAGGAGAAGGUGGUGUUAAGCUUUCAGAAGGAGAGAAGCAACGCAUUGCCAUUAUCAGAGCUAUGGUUCGAGACCCACAGAUGAUUAUUUUGGAUGAGGCGACCAGCAAACUGGAUAUUGACUUACAGCAUGUUGUGAUACCACAGAUUCUGGCCUGUGGCUGCACAGUACUCAUGGUGGCUCAUCAGCUGAAGGCUGUGGAGCAGGCAGAUCACAUUAUCUUCAUAGAGAAGGGGGAAGUGGUCGAGGAGGGUACACACCAAGAGCUCAUGGCUAAGAGAGGACAUUACCAUCAUUUGAAAGAGGAACUGUUCGCUGAGAAAUAGUACAUAUGCUGAUGCCGUGUCCAGUGUAGUCUGCGUGAUAAGAUGAUUUACGCUGUGUAACCGUGAAGAAAACUCCAGGACAUGUGACAGAACUUUCAUUUCAGUCAUUUGUAGUGACAAAACUGCAACAAAGUAAAACAAAGGAAUUGAGAAAAUUGUAAAUUUUGAAAAGUAAACAAUUGAAUAUUUUGAGUUUCUGCGGUGAGGAGGAGUGAUGAAUCAUACGACCAAAGACUGUGUUCAUCACGUAGCAACAUUUAGCACCAACUUCAGUUUAAUUCCUCUGUUUGUUCCCACCUCGUAAUUUGGUUGAAACAUAAGUGUUGCAAAUGAGAUGAGAGAGAGAG